AUGGCUUUUCCUUCCGUCGAUAUGUGGUCACUUCUUCUUGUGCUCUUCCCAUUAUUCUUUAUCCUGAAGAGAAAAUUUCAGGAUAAGAGACAGAGCAAGCACCUUCCACCAGGCCCUCCAGGGCUUCCAAUCAUAGGCAACUUGCAUCAACUUAGGGCAUUACCUCAUCAGUCUCUAUGCCAACUCUCCAAGAAACAUGGCCCUGUGAUGUUUAUAAAACUUGGUUUUGUACCUUCAGUUGUCGUCUCCUCUGCAGAGGCAGCUAAGGAGGUCUUGAAAACCCAUGAUCUUUGCACUUGCAGUAGACUUGUCUCGAAUGGUACUAGAAUGAUAAAACAAAGGGAAUAUGUUUCUCACAAGCUUCUCUCUGUGAUAACAAAAACAGAGAGGUAA